GGGCCCGGGUUCGGCCGGCCGCCCAUCAGACUGGCCGACUGGCUGACUGACACGCCUCGCUUGCCCCCGCCUCCGCCCGUGCCCCGCCCAGCUUCAUCUCUCCCUCCGCUCCCCGGGCUCCCGGGCAGACGGUAGACGGAGGCGCCUCUCUCUCCCCGCCCCUCGCCUCGGCCCUUUCUCUUCCCAGCACCUCGGUUGCUCCCCGGCAGCGGCAGCAGCUGCGUCGGCGGCCCACACAGCAGCGAGCAGAGAAGCAGCGAGAGGAGGCUGCCUCGAGGAUGAAGUGCAAACCCAACCAGACGCGGACCUACGACCCCGAGGGGUUCAAGAAGCGGGCGGCGUGCCUGUGCUUCCGGAGCGAGCGCGAGGACGAGGUCCUGUUAGUGAGUAGCAGCCGGUACCCGGACCGCUGGAUCGUACCGGGCGGGGGCAUGGAGCCCGAGGAGGAGCCGGGCGGUGCGGCGGUCCGAGAGGUGUACGAAGAGGCGGGAGUCAAGGGGAAGUUAGGCCGGCUCCUGGGCGUCUUCGAACAGAACCAGGACCCCAAGCACAGAACAUACGUAUAUGUACUGACUGUCACGGAGCUGCUGGAGGAUUGGGAAGAUUCGGUUAGCAUUGGGAGGAAGCGAGAGUGGUUCAAAGUCGAAGAUGCCAUCAAGGUUCUCCAGUGCCACAAGCCCGUGCACGCCGAAUAUCUGGAGAAACUAAAGCUGGGCGGUUCCCCAACCAAUGGAAACUCCAUGGCCCCAUCCUCGCCAGAUAGCGAUCCCUAGUGAAUGGCAUAGAUGUUGUUCAGAUUUACUUUGAAAGAAUCAAGUAUGUGAAUGGAUGGAUGAAUGGAAUUGUGAAGCACAGAUGAGCUCUUUCACACUCCAAGGACACAGCUCAUCCUAUGCUUUUGGACACUUCUUCCCUGUUUAUUACAAUGACUAUUCUCCAGGUUGUUGCACUACCGCUGUAUCUGUACAGAAUUCUGACUUGGCACCUGUGGCCUUUUUUGUGCUUUUAUGAUUAUGUGUCUGUAUUUCCCAGCAGAUUAUAUGCCCUUGAAUGCAAGGAACUUGUUUCCUUAGUCUUUUUUAUAUACCUAGCAUAUAAGAUAUUGCUUAGAAUAUGGUAGACAUCACUGAAGAUUUGUUUCAGUAGUUCAUAUUUUGUAAUGAUACUGAAUGGUUAAACAAUCCCUUUCUAAUCUGUCUAGCAUAUAUGUGACUUUUGUUUAUCAAGUGUCACACAACUACUUCAAGGCAGCUGUGAGAUACUAGAAAGCAAAAAUUCUUACUCCUAUGUCUGUGUCAUCCCAGAUGUGUGCCUCCAGAUGGCAGUAUACUACACUAUCUGUAAAAUAUAUUUGCAAAGCCAGGCACAGUGUUAUGCAUCUUACUCAGGAGCCUGAGGAAGAAGAAUAGCUUGAGCCCAGGAGCUUUAGUCUAGCCUGAGGAAUAUAAUGAGACUCCAUCUCUUAAAAUAUUUGCCCAAACAUUGAACCUAAAUUUGACCAUGCCCCUAGAAAUAAUUCCUAAUCUUUAGAAAAUAGAGAGGGCAGAGAAACAUUAUUUUAUACCAUGGAGAUGAGAUCAGCAGAAUCCAGACUAUACGAAACUACAGGACACAGACACAUGACCUAGUUUCUUCUGUAAAUAACUUGCAAGGAUGAAAGAUGGAGGAUGAACCUAUAGAUUUAAAGAGACUUAAGAGACAUAAUUAACAAAUUGUAUGGAUCUUAUUUGAAUUGUGAUUUGACCGAACUGUAAAACGAAUACAUUUAUGGGACAAUCGGGGUAAUUUGAACAUUGGUGGGGUAUUUGGUAUUAGAAUAAUCGUUUUAUCAUUAUGUUAGAAAGAAGGGUCCUCAUCUACAUUCUCAAACAUUUGUGGCUGAUAUGAUUCUUGGAAUUUGCUUCAAAAUAAUAAGUCUGGAUGUUAAGUGCAUUGGAAAUAUUGAUGAAACGAAAUUGGCCUUGAUAAUUGUUGAAGCUGGGUAAUGGCUAAAAUGAUGGUUCAUUAUAUAUGUUCAUCUCUAUUUUUGUAUGUUUGGCAUUUUCCGUAAUAAAGUUUAUAAAAAUAA